UCAACCUGGCAACACUAGAAAGGAGCACACUGCACAAUUGUUGUUUACAAGGGUUGUGGAGUAGACGCUAGCCUAGGCUAAUCAGACAGAGGUUUCAACCAACAUUUAUUUGAUCAAACGAACAGCUAGACUUCCAUAACCAUCGCCAAUAUGUCCAAACUACAGUUGUUUAAUGUGUUCGUCACCGAGCGUUUGUCGACAGCUGCUGUGGAGAUAUUCGUGGCCGCGGAGAAGACUAUAGCGGAGUAUCAGGAACAAAUCUGCCGUUCAGCAGAGGAGAUCGAGCGCCUACGGAGGCUGUUGGGCAUGGUUUUCCAACCAGAGAUUAAGUUACAUGGAGCAGACUUUCAACUAGUCACUCCUGCCGUUCCCCCUGAAAAUCAGAACUGUGAGCAGGAGUGGGGGCCCAGUCUGGGGCAGGAGGACCCAGAACCCACACAGAUUAAAGAGGAACAACAGGAGCUCAGACUCAGUCAGGAGGACCCACCUCAGCCCUCACAUCUGUACCAAAACCAAACUGUGGAUGAUGGAGAGAGGAGCUCUCUACCUAUCAUCAUAACUGAGGAGAUCAAAACAGAAGCUGAUGGUGAGGGCUACAGAGUACCAGAACCAACCAGUGAUCAGCCCCUCUCAGUUCAUCCAGACUGCUCUGCUGCAGGGGAGAAACUAUAUCAGUGUAGACAAUGUGGCAAAAGCUUUACAAGUAAGGGAAACUUAACCUUGCAUUUAAAGAUACACACAGGAGAGAAACCUUUUCUGUGCAAACAGUGUGGCAAAAGCUUCAUCCAGAAGGGUGAUUUGAACAGACAUACAAGGGUACACACAGGAGAGAAACCUUAUCUGUGCAAACAAUGUGGCAAAAGCUUCAUCCAGAAGCGAGACUUGACCAUCCAUACAAGGAUACACACAGGAGAGAAUCCCUAUGAGUGCAAACAAUGUGGCAAAAUGUUUAACCAGAAGGGACACUUGACCGUUCAUUCAAGGAUACAUACAGGGGAGAGACCAUAUCAGUGCAAAGACUGUGGCAAAGCCUUCAACCAGAAAAUAGAAUUGACAUUGCAUAUGAGAGCUCAUACAGGAGAGAGACCAUAUAUCUGUCCUGUAUGCAAGAAAGGUUACAUCGCAUUAAGCUAUUUAAGACUUCAUCAGCGUGUUCACACUGGGCAGAAACCUUACCAGUGCAAAGAAUGUGACAAAUGCUUUGGUUAUAAACAUCGUCUAACAUCACAUAUGAGCACUCAUACUAAAGGGCAUAAAUGAUAUUACCACACUGAGUGCAAUAAUAGCCUGAAAUGAAAACAACAAAUGAAUAUUUUGUCAUUGUGAAUUUCUUAAUACGUCCAACUUCUAAAUAAUUAUGUUCUGUUUUCUGGCAAUUAACAACAGAACAAACUGAGUAAUGUGUGUUGAGGGGAAAUCACCAGUCAGUAUCAGAUUGGUAAACUGAAUCUAGCGCUCAGUUUCAGGGACCUACCCUCCAGGACACUGCUGGCUUCAGGAAGUCCUCACCGCUGUGUCUAGCACAGAGCACACACUUGGAUUUCUAAACAACAGGAGUUCCUAUUCAAUUGUUUAACAAUGACAUACAGGAUAUCUUCCAUCUGUACUGAUGGCUGCAUGUUAGAAUAUUGAAGUAGCCUAUUACAUUUUUGUUGACAAUCUAUAUAAUGCAGCAAAUCAUUUGUUUAAAUA